AUGACGUCCCAAGAAAAAGAGGAUUGUGGUAUCCCCUUGUGUGUCAAUGAUAGGGUGGUUUAUAUUGAUGAGGAUGAAGUCUGCUACACUGGAACCAUUCAGUGGAUAGGGGAUCUUGAAGAUAAAGAGGGCCUUGUUGGGGUUCAGUUUGAUUCCCCUCUCAGGCUUUCCUCCAUCCCCUUGGGAGAUGACUCAACAGAGAGUCAGUAUUUUGUCCCUGCUUCUGCUCUCCUGAAGGCUAGUAACUUAGUUUCAAAAGAUUGUGAGAAAUUAGACAAUGCUGAGUUGGAGCAUUCAGAUAUAUCUUUCUGUCAGGCUGAUAAACACUGGUUGCAUGAAGUGUCUGGAGGUGGUGGAAGUGAGAGUGAUGAAGAGAGACUGGGAGCAUAUGGGGAUGGAUUAGAUGAAGCAAAAGAUGAUAGUGGCCCUUUAAUCAAAGAAACUCAAAGCAAAGCUGUGGAUGCUCUGACUGCUAUGAUGCUUAUUGUGAUGAUGGGGGUUGUAAAGAAUGCUUGUAUGCAUCAGGAGAAAGUGCAAAUCCCCAGCCUUCUUGUUGGGGAGGAAGAGUCAGGAUGCAAGCAAGAAGUCACCACAGAGGAAUCAGAGGUGCCAUGCAAGGAACUGGGAGAACUGCAUGAUGCAAGUAUGAAAGAAUUGAGAGAGAACAUUUGUGCUGUAUUUGGCAAGGUAUCAACUAAGUCUCUUCAUCUGGAUGACCUGUGUGGACACUUGGGGAUUUCAAAGAGGCAGCUUAGGACCUUCUUGCUAUCCAAUGCUGAAUCAUUCUCACUCUCUAGUGACAACAAGUACAAAGACUUUUUCUGUGGGGUGUUUUUUGCCUCUGCCACAUGGACAUUAUUGAUCAUCCUAUACUUUGACUCAGUAAGUUUCAAGGAAAAGCAGAAGAACUCUGGUAGUCGACUCCGCUUGGUGGCAAGGUACGAGAGGCCAAAACUAGAACUUGGUCCACAAAACCAGAAUUCCCCAUUCAUUGUCAACACUUCUGACCCUGGCUUCAUUCACAACGAAAGAGAUUUUGAGUUCCGGCAAGAAGGUUACAAGAAGUAUGCUUUCAAUGCCCUUAUCAGUGAGAGGAUUGGGGAAUUUCGUGACAUUCCUGACACUCGUCAUGUGUUGUGCAAGACACAGAAGAGGUUUUUGGCAUUGCCAGCAACAACAGUCGUAAUUUGUUUCUACAAUGAAGCUAAAUCAGUUCUCGUGCGAACAGUGACCACUGUCAUCAGACGCACUUCAUCAGACAUCCUACAGGGAAUCAUCCUUGUGGAUGACUGCAGUGAUGAUGGUAUUCCCUCAUACUAUCUUAUGGUCAUCAUUCCAGUGUCUGUCUUUGUUGAUUUUCUCGAGGUGGAAAGACUUGAAAGACCACUUCUUGCUAUAGCUUGUCAUUUUAGGCUUGCCAGUAAAUGA